AUGUCUACAAAUCGAACCAAAAUACUAUUUUUAAUCAAUUUUGUUUUCUGCUCUGUUUUUUCUAGGUCUCCUUUAAGCACAAUUUUAGUGAUCGUUUUUAGUCUGAUUGUGUUGGUAACAGCACGACCACAAUUGAAUCGUUUCCAACAUAUUGCUGUGAUAGAAAAUGAUGCCUGGGAACAGACGUUGCCAAGUGAACUACGAAACCCCUUUUAUAAAACGCCUAGAGUAAGAAAUGCCUUGGCCAAGUCGUCUUGGUUUGGUCCGGGCGAAAUGCCGGUUUUGGAUAGACAAGCUGAAAAGAUUGCCAGACGGGAAAUUUACAAUGUUUUAAGUCAUGCUGGUCUCAUCGAAAGAAGAAACUUUUUGUAAAUUUAAAAUUAAAAAAAAAUACGAUAUAAUAAUAAAAAUGUUUUUUAUAUUUUGUUUUUAAGAAUAUAGCAUUUAUUUAAGAAAACAGUAAUUUUUUUUGUUUCUAUAUAAAAAUAACUUUAAUGCAUUUACAGUUUCUUUACAUAAAGAAAUAUAGAAAAAAAGUUAAGAAAAAAACUAUUAUAAAAAGCAAAUUGUAACAGCUGAUCAAUAUAUAAUUUUUACACAAUAAAUCAAGAAAAACUUGGAGUCAUAGUUUAAGAACUAAAUACAAA